CUAGAAACUCAUGGCUACAUUCGCAUUAUCCCAGCCAACAAGCCACUUCAAUACAAUAUAUAUCCAUAACGCCUGGCACGAUCGAUCGAUACCCAACCUCACCAACCAUGCCACGCCUCCACGCCCCCUCGACCCUCCUCUCCCUCCUCCCCCUCCUCCUCCUCCUCACCACCCCCGCCCUCAGUGCCUCCAAGCCCUCAAACGCCAUCCUCCUCUCGGACGUACAAUCCCUAACCCUCCGCGGCAGCGGCGCGCAAACCGCUCACCGCCGCCUGCCCUCCGUCCCCCAACUGCGCUGCGUAUCCUCUCCCGCCAUCUGCAAGCUGCACGAGAUCGACGUGAUGCGCUGCACGAACCAGGGCUCCGCCUACGACGCCGAGGACGUGCAGUGGUCGUGCGCCGCCUCCUUGCCGCCCGAGCUCAAGCUCGGCAGCACCGACGUCGCCUGCGAGGGGUACUCCCGCCCCGACGACGCAUACGUGCUGAAGGGCAGCUGCGGCGUCGAGUACCGCCUCGUGCUCACCGAGCACGGCGAGCAGAAGUUCCCCGAACUAGCCAAUGGCGGCGGCGGCGGCGGUGGUGGGUGGUGGGGGUCGGGCAGCAGUAGUAGUGGCGACGCUGGCAAGGACGAAGAAAAAUCAGGCCCCGCUGCCAUACUCUUCGGCAUCAUAUUCGCCCUUGUUUGCUGCUGGAUCGUGUACAGCGCGUGUAUUGCCGCCAAUGAUAAUAGACGCCCUGGUGCAGCGCGUAGACCGGGUAAUAAUAACUGGUUUGGAGGCGGAGGCGGCGGCGGCGGCGGUGGAUUCAAUCCUGGGUUCGGGCCAGGGGGAGGAGGUGGUGGUUGGGAUGAUCCUCCGCCGCCGUAUUCGAAAUCUACAACAGCGCAAAGUCAAGGUUGGCGGCCUGGGUUUUGGUCCGGCAUGGCGGGGGGCGCAGCCGCUGGGUACGCGGCAGCGGCAAGCCGAGGCAACAACCGACAAGAAACACAUAGUUCCGGCUCCGGCUGGGGAGCAGGUCCCUCCAGCUCACCGUCUUUUAGCAGAUCAAAUUCCCAGUCGACAUCCUCUGCGAGAUACGAGAGCACCGGGUUUGGUUCAACAAGCCGUAGAUAGCUUGAGAAGGAUUCAAAUACGUAGUUACUAUUAGGGUAUGAAUGGAUUUUUACAAAGCA